CUUAUGUGAAUGUCGAGCAAAAUUCGUCGGUCUUGUGAAUCUUCGAUCUGCACUCUAGGUCCUUGUCAACUUCAACCAGAACACGCUGUUCUUGCAAACCUUUCAACAACACUCUUGCUUCUACGGCAUCGAGCUUCAGGGGUCUCUCAGAGAUGACAAACGCAUCGACAUCCGGCGGAAAGUCGUGCCUUCGACGAAUCACAGGCCAAAAUGAAUUCGAUGAUGUGGACAAGUGGCUCGGAGAGAAGCACUGGCAAGGCAUGAUAGCCUACCGGGUUGUUGCUGCUGGGGUGGUUCCUGCUGAGGAUACACGCAAAGACAUGUACCAAAAGCUUGAGGAUCUGACCAGAGAUGAAAUGACUCGCUUCAAUUACGAAGAAUUCCUCAAGGACCUCUACGAUAAAGGUAUCAUUACUGAACCGGCCAUUUACGAAGCGGGCGAGCCUAAAGCUGCAGAGUCGUGCUUAUUCCGCCUCAUCGGAAAGAUCAUACUGACAGGAACACCUGCACAAAAGAGAGCUCUACUCGCCACCAUGAGCGGCAAGCCUGCUCCUCAGGGAGAAGAAGGUUUAGACUUGGUACCAGCGACUCCAACACCAACUCAAGGUCGGAAGCGAAAGCAUGAAGAGGUGGAAGACCUGGCUCCGUAUAGCAUAUUUUUGAACGAGUAUGCCUCCCAGGCUGGCGUCAUAUUAAAAUUCGACUACACCAACAUAGCCAUGUCUCCGCCUCGCUUUCGUUGCAGGAUAACUCUAGAAGAUGACACGUACACAGGAGAAGCAAGAAACAAGAAGACUGCCAAACAGGUUGCAUGCCGAGAUGCCUGUGUGGCUCUCAACUUACACUUGAAAUGA